CCUGCGUGCCUUGGCCCGCGUCUCAGACAAAGCAACGAGAGUGCGCGUGGACAAGGCUGCUUUAGCCACACCCCUCCGCUAUAAAAGCGCGCUAGGUCCGGAAUGUCAAUGGUAGCCCUCGCUGGAUCACUUCCCCGAGGCAACAUACGCCACGACCUCUCCGAAAUACUAAAGAGCACACCUUCCACGACACACCUUCGACGCGACGCUUGUUCACUUCCUGCCUUCCAAUAUGUUCGCAACUCGUCUCGUACUCGCGUUUCUCGCUCUGUUCGCGUUUGUCAUGGCCACCUUCGCGUCACCAGUCGCGCCCAAUGUUACCGUUGUCGACCUCGACAAGAGGAUAACCCACACGGGCAGGGGUACAUACUUUUACGUCGGUCUGGGCAACUGCGGUUAUACCGACGUGGAUAGUAGUCCCAUCGUCGCCAUCUCGACCGAACGCUAUGGCAGUGGUGGCAAUUGCAACCAGUGGAUCCAUAUUACCAACACUGCUAACGGAAAGACGGCCUACGGCAAGACCCGUGACAGCUGCCCUGGCUGUGGCGAAAAUGAUCUUGACAUGUCCCCCAGCCUUUUCGAGCAACUCGGCUCGCUCGACACUGGUGUGCUCAAGAUCGAGUGGCAUUUCGAGGCCAAGGGCUGGUCUCCAUGAAAACGAAUUUAUACGCUCAAGAAUACAACGUUGGCCCUCUUUCCCUCUCGGAGUAUUGUAUUAUUGGGAGGUGAAGUCUGACCUUGACCGGGUCCUGGCAAGGCUUCACCAUUGUUGUAUCACCAUUACCUUCCCUCGUUGGCUUUCCUGAUGCCGCAUUCAGCCACGGUCUGAUGCAUAGACGCGCUCAGGGUCAGACACCAUCCCACACGACCACCACGCACACGUUUUUUUAUACGGUUUAAUGUACGACCUGCUUGAUGCACGGUACCUAGAUGUAGAUACCGUUUGUCUAUUCUGUAUCAUUCACCACCAAGCGCCUUGCGCUAUCACUUGUGGUUAUCCCCGCACUACCUUUGUCAACAUAGAUAUAAAAGACUCGAAUUGAUUGCUGCAAUU